UCACUGAUCGAUGCCUUAAGUUAAUAUAAAUAAGCACAUAAACGUACUCGUACUCGAUCGAUCAUGCGCGCGCGCGCGCGCGCACACACACACAAUUAGCUCUAGCUAGCUAGGCAAUUAAGAUGGCGGCAGCGGAAAUGGCAUUGGACGGUGUGACCCACCGGACGUUGGACGUGAACGGCAUCAAGAUCCACGUGGCCGAGGCCGGCGACGGCACGGCAGGCUCCAUCCUCUUCCUGCACGGCUUCUUGCAGAUCUGGUGCUCAUGGCACCACCAGCUGCUGUCCCUGUCGCGGCGUGGCUACCGCUGCCUUGCCCCCGACCUUCGCGGCUACGGCGACUCCUCCAGGCCGGCGUCCCCUUCGUCCUACACCGCCUUCCACCUCCUAGGUGACAUGGUCGGCCUCCUGGACGCGCUCUCGCUCCCGCAGGUGUUCGUGGUGGGUCAAGGCUGGGGCGCCCUGCUGGCGUGGCAGAUGUGCACGUUCCGGCCUGAGCGGGUGCGCGCUCUGGUGAACAUGAGCGUGGCCUUGAUGCCGCGCAACCCCGGCGUGAGGCCGAUGGAGGCGUUCCGGCGGAUGUACGGCGACGGCUACUACCUCGUCCGGAUGCAGGAGCCGGGAACCAUGGAGGCCGAGUGGGCAAGGAUGGAAACCAAGUUCAUCAUCAAGAAGCUCCUGACGACACUCGACACGGGAGCGACGUCCUUCUCCAAAGAGUGGUUUGGAGUCGACGCGGAGGACCCCGCGCUGCCUCCGUGGCUCUCGGAGGAGUAUGUUGCUCACGUCGCCGCCAAGUUUGACGAGACGGGAUUCUCCGGCGCCAUGAACUCCAGCCGCUGCCUCGACCUCCGGACGUGGAGGAACUGGGAGCUGACGGCGCCUUGGACGGGUGCCAAGGUGAUGGUGCCCACAAAGUUCAUGGUGGGGGAGAUUGCAAUGAGCUGCAAGUCCAAGAUGGUGCACAAGUACGUGCUCCAGGGCGGCCUCAAGGGCGACGUGCCGCAGCUGGAGGAGGUAGUGGUCAUCCCCGGCGGCGCACACUACAUACACUUGCAGAAGGCCGAGGAGGUCAACCAACACAUCUACGAUUUCUUCCAAAAGUUCUAGAAACCGCACUCUUUCUUUCUUCUUUCUCUCUUUCUUUCUUUCUUUCUCCUCGCUCUCGACCUUCUUUUACAUGGACAGGCCAUAUUGCAUAAAAUAAGAGCGGCACAGUUUGAUCGA